UUGGAGGUUGUGGUCCCCACGUUGAUGAUCCUAGCUGGCCCCACCUCCUUCUCCGUCUCCUUCUCCAAAAAUAUCGGCCUUGCUUUCUUUCUUUCUUUCUUUAUUUAUUGUUUCAUUCCUAAAUAUAUACUUUUUUUUUUCUUUCUCUUUUGUUACCUUAGUAACAGAAGAGAUCCCAGAUUUUCUUUCUCUUGUUUUGUAACAGGGAUGAUGAGAUGAAGGUCAUCUAAUCUUUUCUUAUUCUUUUCUUGGGCUAUUACGGAAGGUGGUGGUAUUUUGACUUUGAAGCCACAACUUUGUCUUUCUGUUUUGAGAGAGGAAGGUGUUGUUGUUGUUGUUGGUGGUGGUGGUGGUGAUUGUAAAGGGUCCACCAUAAGAGGAAGAGUGAUUAGAAGAACAAGUUGUUGUCUUCUUGUUGAUGGACUAUGGUUAUGGUAGAUAUGGAUUUAAGAGGAUUUUCCUUUUAAUGGAGGUCACUCUUCCCUUUUCUUUAACCUCAUCUUUAAUGGGUCUUCUUGGUUUCGAAUGGUUUGCUGACUUUUUCGAUUGAAACAAAAACAAAAUCCCAUUUUUCUCAGAUUUCCUCAUCUUUGAUUUCAUUUCAUUUUUGUUGUUGAUGGGUUUUCACAACUGCAUGUCUUCAUAAAACCCAUUCUGUUGUUCCAAAGCCUUCUCUUCUCAUCUUCAUCAACAACAAGAUUCAAUUGAAUCUGCAAAAGGGUUUUUACAAAAGAAAAGUCUUUUGUUGUUGUUGUUGUUGUUUUCAAUUAUGGAUGAAGAGACUACUUCUUGGAUCAGAAGAGCCAAGUUUUCUCACACUGUUUGUCAUCGUUUAGAUUCUUCAAAAUUGGCUUCAAUUCCUUUUACCAUUCACCAAGAUAGGUUCUCUGGUUUGAAAUCUAGACCAGCCCCAGCUCAGCCUCAGCCUCAGCCUCAACCUCAGGUUCAGGCUCAGGUUCAGGCUCAGGUUCAGGCUCCUUCUAAUGAGAAAUCAAUUGCAAGUAGCUCUAUAUUUCAUACCAAAAGGCUUUCCUAUAGGAACAAGCAGAGAUCUUUAUCUCCUAACCCUGUGAUUAAGCUCUCAGAGACAUUUAGAGAAGCUCAAUCAGAAAGGAAGAGAUUCUCAACUCCAACUCCUAGGAGAUCCGAAUCCGAAAGGGGAAGGUUUAGAGGGAAGUUCUUCCAUCACAACAAGGAUUCUCAAUCGAGAUCUUCGAGUGCGAAUGCCAGUCCUCUUAGGCAAUUGGCUUCAAUGAUCAAUGACAAAUCCAAGAACCGAAAGGAUUCGCAUUGGUCUAAGUAUUUUGAUCCCAAUAGUGGGAGAGUUACUGCUGUGGAGGCUGUUGAUGAAUGGUGUGUUGACUUGUCUAAGCUGUUUCUAGGCAAUAAGUUUGCUCAUGGAGCUCAUAGCAGACUCUACCAUGGUAUGUACAAUGGUGAUUCUGUAGCAGUAAAGAUCAUCAGGGUGCCUGAUGAAGAUGAAGGUGGAGUUUUGGCAACUCGUUUGGAGAAGCAGUUUGUUAGUGAAGUCACUCUCUUAUCUCGACUCCAACAUCGAAAUGUUAUCAAGUUCUUAGCAGCAUGUAGAAAGCCUCCGGUUUAUUGUGUCAUAACUGAGUACUUAUCAGAAGGUUCACUGAGGGCAUAUCUACACAAACUCGAGUGCAAAUCUCUUCCCAUGGGGAGACUCAUUCAAAUUGCAUUGGAUAUAGCUCGGGGACUCGAAUACAUUCACUCGCAGGGUAUCAUACAUAGAGAUCUCAAGCCCGAAAAUAUCCUUAUUGAUGAAGAGUCUCACAUGAAAAUAGCUGAUUUCGGUAUAGCCUGCGAGGAAGCAUACUGUGAUGCUUUAAUUGAUGAUCCCGGGACUUAUAGAUGGAUGGCGCCGGAGAUGAUAAAGCACAAAUCUUAUGGGCGGAAAGUGGAUGUUUACAGCUUUGGUCUCAUCUUAUGGGAAUUGGUGGCAGGGACCAUACCUUAUGAAGAAAUGAACCCCAUUCAAGCAGCUUUUGCUGUGGUGAACAAGAAUUUGAGGCCUGUGAUCCCUGGAAACUGUCCACCUGCAAUGAAAGCCUUAAUUGAGCAAUGUUGGUGUUUGCAAUCAGAAAAGAGGCCAGAGUUUUGGCAAAUAGUGAAAGUACUUGAGCAAUUUGAGGCUUCAUUUGCCCGUGAUGGAACAUUGAAACUUGUCCCAAACCAGAAUUUCCAUGACCACAAAAAGGGUCUCAUUCACUGGAUUCAGAAACUUGGUCCUGCUCAAUCUCCUAAUUCUACAUCUACUGCAUCUUCUUCUUCUAGUUAUACUACUGCUACUACUACUACUACAUUACCUGUGCCUAAACCAAAAUUCAGUUGAAUAUAUCAUUUAAUUGUGAAAAUGUUAUAUGACUUGGGCUUUUGUAGUUUGACCAGGUCAAUUGUAUGUAAUUAAAGAAAAAAGAAAAAAGAGGCCUUGUUUUCUUUCACUGUGUGACAUUCAAGUGAGAUUUGUGAAUGAAGAAUAGAUUGGCAUUGGCAUUGGUUUUGAA